AUGACGAACCCCACUCCCGAAAUCACGCAAGUGGUGGAAGCAGUACCCGGUACGACGACACCCAUCAGCCAGGCUAGUACCUCUACUGUGAAUUCGUCAACUGAUCCUUCUCCCGCUAAAGUCGAGGAGAAAAUCCGGCGAUUUGACUUUGGAUUCAUCCCUAUUCCUACAUAUCUGCGCCAUCACCCAGAAAAGCCCUUUCAUUUCACGCUGGCGCUAAAUAUUUUCUUCGGAAUCGCGAGCACACUGACUGUAGGGAAUCUGUACUACUGCCAGCCGAUUCUUGUUCGACUCGCGCAGUCGUUUGGCGUCACAGAUGAGGAAAUCACCAUAAUCCCUACCCUGACACAGGCCGGGUAUGCGGUCGGCUUGCUACUUAUUAGCCCACUCGGAGACCUAGUUCGUCGUCGACAACUUUUGCUUUUGCUUGGAUGUAUGAUCGGCGCAUUCACUCUUGGACUCGCGCUUGCUCCAUCUAAGAACAUUUUCGGCGGGCUUUCAUUCGUAAUGGGGGUUUUUACUGUCGUACCCCAGAUCAUGAUCCCCUUGGCAGCAGACUUGGCACCCCCGGAACGACGUGCAUCUGCUAUUUCGAUCGUCCUCUCUGGACUUUUGCUCGGUAUUCUAUUUGCUCGAGUAAUAUCAGGAAUCAUUGCCAACUUCGCUAGCUGGCGAAUCAUAUAUUGGAUAUCAUGCGGUCUACAGUUCGGUAACGUUUUUGCAAUGUGGCUGUUUGUGCCCGACUACCCAGCCAAGAAUACUGGCCUUUCUUACCUCGGUAUUCUAUAUACGAUGGCACGCUACGCGGUCACUGAGCCAACCCUUAUUCAAUGUUGUUUGAUUGGAUUCCUUUCAUCCGCAGUUUUUGUCAACUUUUGGGUUAACUUGACUUUCCUUUUGGACGAUGCCCCAUACAACUAUUCAACACUAGGAAUCGGCCUCUUUGGGCUGAUUGGUAUGAUGGGAGUUAUGACAGCGCCGUUGGUUGGCCGAUUUGUUGACAAACUCGAUGGUUGGACGACAACCAUGAUUGCCAUCAUGGGUGGUAUCGGAUUCCAGGCCAUAUACACAGGGGCAGCGGGGAUAAACAUCGGUGCUGUCGUUGUCGCAUGCUUCGGUAUCGAUGUCGCAUCACAAAUGAACCAGGUUUCCAAUUCAAGUCGCAUAUAUGCCAUCGAACCUUUAGCGCGGGCUCGAAUGAACGCCGUAUUUAUCAUUUCGUUGUUCCUCGGUCAGGUCAUGGGAACUUCCGUCGGCACACAAGUGUACUUGAAGUACGGCUGGCGGCCUAGCGGUGCUCUCGCCCUCGGGUUUUACGGAUUGCAACUGAUAUUGUUAUUCAUUCGUGGCCCUAAAGUUGGACGUAAGACAUGGCUUGGAUGGAAAGCUGCACCAAAGGAGCCGGAGGCUGCAGCGCCUAACCAGGCCCAGGCACGGGCAGAGAAGGAUGCCGAAGCACAGGAGGUCCGCCAGGUUGAAACUCCUAACCUCACGCCUAGUUUGGUUUGGUUGGUUUCAGUUCAUUUCGCCCAUCACGAACUUUGA